AUGCUCUCAGCUUCAGCCGGAAGCUUGAGAUCCUUGCUGAGGCUGCUGCUGCUGCUUGCAGUGCUGGUGAAUCCCUUGAACGGGGAGGACCCACAAGAUACGAGCCAUAGGACAUCCAGGACUGUGAAGCAGUAUGGCGUCCGCUCGUUCGUCACGGACGAUGGUUCCGACAUCCGGCUGGAUGACAGACCAGCAAAGGAUAUGGGGAGCCAGCUUCCGAGGAAGUCUCCUACCGCUAGGAUGGGCCCGGUCUCAUUGUGCUUGCUGGGAGGGACCCUUGGCCUGAUCCACGUGCUCACUGGGCCUGAUCACAUCAGCGCCAUUGUGACGCUGUCAGUGGGAGGAAGCUACAAGGCAUUCUGGCUGGGGAUGCGAUGGGGGGUGGGGCACAGCAUUGGGCUGUUGAUAAUGUUCGUUGUGUUCAUCUACAUGGGGAAGGGAAUCAUAGGAGAAGGGAGCGCGUUGAACUACGUCGCUGAUUUGUUCGUGGGUGUCUUUAUGAUUGUGCUGGGGGCAGUUGGGAUUUUCCGAGCUUACAGAAGUGAGACCGUGCAAGUCAGUCAGAAUGAAAACUCUGCCCUUGACGGGAACUCAAAGGAGCUCGAGCUUGUGUCGGAAGGCGGCGAUGCAGACAUUGAAUCAGGCAUGGACGUGGAUGCAGAAUCAGAGAGUCUCCUGGCUGAUUUUCAGAAAAAUGAGUCGAAGGAUUACGCGUUCGAAGUGAUCGUCAAUGGGAACACCACAAGCUCAGCAAAUUCGACGAGAUGCUGCGGCUUGAGCCUUUCCUGUGGCGUCUGCCGCAAGAUUCUGUUGAUAAGCAACGCCACGGGCCAAAAGAUUCUAUCGCUCGGCGUUGGAAUCCUUCACGGCAUAGCUGGACCUGGAGGCAUCCUCGGCGUCCUUCCAGCGGUGUCGAUGCACGAUGCGGUGAAGUCCACGUGCUACCUUGGCUCGUUCUGCUUCACCAGCAUCCUGACAAUGGGUGUGUUCGCGGCCUUCUGGGGGGAGCUGACUUCGAGAUUAGGAUCCACCAGCAGGGUGCAAUUCUACCUCAUCUUCGUGUCCUCCGCAUCUUCUGUGGUUGUGGGCGUCGUCUGGGUGGUUUUGCUGCACCUGGGCACACUGGACAAAGUUAUCUGA